AGCCAGAAUUUCAUGAUCCGGCAUCGACGCCCGGCACCGAUAUUAUGGCGCAAAAAUCACAAUCGUCUGUGCAACGUGCUCCAAUUGCCAGUCGAUUGUUUGGAAAUCUAUAAUCACGCAUUUUGAGUUCACUUGGUCAUAUUUGACGUGUCGUUAUUUGUGAAGUUUUCGUAUUUAUUAUGGAACAUCUGUUCGCUUCUGUGAUACUGAUUGUAUAAUAAUUCGUAAACACCUUUUUCUUGAUGAAUAUUUUAUAAAUGUCGGAAAAGUUGCCAAAGUAAGACGUAAAAACUCUUUUUGUUAUUAUCGAUAUCAAUUAAAUGUCGAUUAUUUAAUAUUUUGUAAUAAUGGAUCUUGCGGUCACGCAAAUUUAUGAGGAUGAAGAUUUUCCACCUACUCAGGAUGUUUUGCGUACUGUACAAGAGGAAGAAUCAGAUCAGAUUGGAACAUUGAGCAUUAAUUCUACUGAGUAUCAAAUUAAAAAAGGGAUUACAAAAAUUGGUAGAAAUAUUAAUUGUGACAUUGUUAUCAACGAUGGGGUAAGUUUUAUAUUAUUUCUUAUUUGUACAAGGAUUUAAUCCAUUGUUUAUAU